GUAUGGCAGUGUGAUCCAGUAGAGUAGUUGACGCACUGUAGUAACUCACUUCCUGGUAGGACUGUCUUCCUGGUAGGACUGUAACACUAUGGAGUCUCGCGUUGUGGCUGUAUUUCUCACGCUUCUCUGGCAGUCAUCAGGCAGCUGCCCUAACGGUACAUACGGCUACCAGUGCGGCUGCAGAUGUAACUGUGACCAAGACAAGUGUGAUUCUACUUCCGGCUGCAGUCCGCCAGCCUGUCACACAGGAUGGUCUGGUGCGACAUGUCAGAAACAUAAUGUUGCGAGGAAGAAAGUUACAUCAUCCAGUGGAGAGGGUCCCUGGCUGUCAUCCAUAGCUACAGACGGAAGAACUGCUGCACACACGUAUCAUGUCUGUAUGGAGAUAAAGCCCAGCAACCCCAACUGGUGGCGUGUGGAUCUCAAUGACACAGUGCUGAUACGUGAGGUCACCAUCUACUUCAGACUUGAUCAUAGACCAAGGAGAAAUGGCAUCCCGGUGUACGUGACCAACUCGACUGAUGCACCCAGUGGUGACAACUGCUACAACGUGACAGGAGGAAGCGAUGGAAGUGAUAUUGCUAACGUCACACGGGCACCUUGCUCUGGCAUGGGGCGCUACAUCUUGCUUUACACAACAGUGAACAAUGAUGGGGACAGUCUGCCUGUACUUGACUUUUGUGAGGUAGAAGUAGACGUGUGUGGUCCCGGUACCUUCGGCGCUGACUGUAACAACUACUGCCACUGUGACGGUGAUGUGUGCAACUAUGUGAGCGGCAUCUGUCCAAGUGGAAUGUGUAUGUCAGGCUGGCUUGGCAACAGUUGCAACACCACAUGUCCCACGGGAGACUAUGGACGACGCUGCUCCAAGCGAUGCACAGACAGAAUGUGUAAGGACAACACCUCCAGCUGUAACCAUGCAACUGGUAAAUGUUUAGGAGGAUGUCUGGCAGGCUACCAAACACCGGACUGCACACAGGAAUGCGUCGAUACGUAUGGAGAGAACUGCGCAAGAAGCUGCUCAGCCAGACAUUGUAGAGACACGCCACAAUCUGUAUGUGAUCACGUGACUGGAUGGUGUAAAGGAGGCUGCAGUCCCGGAUGGAAAUAUGUCGAUUGCACAACAGGCUGUGUCCAAGAUGUGGAGUAUGGUGCCGGAUGUACAGGCAACUGCAGUGCCCGGAUGUGUGAGGGAGGGUCGGGCACCUGUCCCCGGGACACAGGCUUGUGUAUUGAUGGGUGCCAGUCAGGGUGGACAGGAGAGGAUUGUACUCAGAGUGUGACUGUUUCAACUCCUCAAUCCGACGACUCAAACGGAGCUACGAUUGGUGGUAUCGUUGGUGGCGUGUUAGCAGUGGUCGUGGUUGUACUUGCUGUGAUAGGUGUUAUGUUUUACAGGAGAAAAAACAACGCCAGUAAUGUCAACAAGGAACACUCCAUCUACGAAGACAUAUCAGCUAUGGAACCAGACAGACACCAGGUGCAAGCAUCCCAGCGAGUAAACAGAGACAAGGAGGAGGAGACUGAGAUGGAGGAGAUGGAGGAGGAGGCUGACAGAAGCUCUUACUACAACAUCAAGGCUCCAGUUAUAGUGACGGAAGUGGCUGUGGACAAGCUAGGGGACGGAAUCAGAGAACUGCAGGCUACUGAAGGAGGAUUCGAACAGGAAUUCAAGCGGUUAAUAUCCGGAUUCACACACCCAUAUGAAGAUUCCAAACGUGAGGAAAACAACGGCAAGAACAGGUUCAGAGAGUAUUAUCCAUAUGACUACAACCGAGUUGUCCUUCAGAAGCUUCCAGGGGAUCAAUCAUCCGACUACAUCAACGCCAGCUAUAUCAAUGGAUACUCGAUGGAUCAAGCCUAUAUUGCAGCACAAGCACCAAACAAGAAAACUGUCGGGGAUUUCUGGAGAAUGUUCUACGAGAAGAACUUGACAAGGAUCGUCAUGCUGACAAACCUGACAGAGACAGGAAAGGUGAAGUGUGUUCCCUAUUGGUCAGACACGUCUGACCUCAUUGUGGAUGUCUUCACCAUCUCCGUCACCAACAUUAGCCACAGAGCUCACUGGGUGAUCAGGGAACUCAAAGCGACUUUGAAAGAGACCGGCGAGAGUAGGCUGUUUCACCAUUUCCACUACACAAAAUGGCCAGAUCAUGGAACUCCAGAGGAAACAGCACUGAUGGAGUUUCUUUGGAGAAUAAGAAAGACACCAAGCCCUCACAAUACGCCUAUGAUGGUGCACUGCAGUGCUGGGGUCGGUCGGACAGGGACGUACAUCGCUGUGGACUACCUGCUGGACCAGGCCCUGACUGACCGGAAGGUGGACGUGUUCGGGUUUGUGAAUCUGAUGCGACAGCAGCGGAGAAAUAUGAUACAGACCAAGGAGCAGUACGCAUGCGUGUACACGACUCUACAUGAGGCACUGAUGAUGGGUGACACGACCUUGACCUCACCCGAAUUCAGGACACAAAGACGAGCAAAUAAGGUGUUCAAGAUGGGGACGGCGACAGUGUCUCAGAUGAUGAAGCAAGUUAAAGUCAGCAUCGAAGAACUUAAAUCUGCUGGGCGCAUCAAAGGUCAGGUUUGGGUGAACGGACGGACAGACAUCCUAGCUGUGAUGAUGCCUUCCCACCUGUCAGCGAAUGGCUACCUGUUAACUGAGGCCCCCUCCGUCACCACGGCGUCUCUGUUCUGGAAACUCACAGAGGAACAGGAGUCUUCCACUGUCCUUGUCCUGCCAGACUCACAUCAGCGUCUGGACAGCUUCAUGCCACUUCCAGGAGACAGCCUGGACUCGAGUACUGUGAUCGUGGGUUGUUCUACUGAGACCUCACUCAACUCUGACAUCAUCCUCAGGAAAGUCGACAGACAGAUGGAGGGCAGUGCCUCUUCCCAGCUGGUACAUGUGUAUCUCAUGACGACCUUCCGGAAAGAUGAUUAUUCCAGUCUGUUUGACCUCCUGGACCAAGUUGACCGCAAAAUAGAGGGAAAUAACUCUCAGCCAAUAACAGUUAUAUUCAGUGAAAAUGAACGACGAUCAGCCACGUUGUUCUGCAUCCUGAGUAACAUCGUGCAGGGCAUGACACACGACAAUGCGGUGGAGAUCUACAACAACAUCCGAAAGUUGGGACAUUUGUGUGACAAUGAUCUCUCGCAGGCUGACGUCUCCCUGUGUUAUGACCUGGCCUCUGCCUAUCUGGAGACACAGAGUGUUUACGCCAACAUGUGAUGGCAACCCGCACUGUCCACACUGAACCUGUCGAUCAAUGCUAUUAGUCUCUGCCUAUCUGGAGACAUAUGAUGUUAUGCCAACAUGUGAUGGCAACCCGCACUAUCCACACUGAACCUGUCGAUCAAUGCUAUUAGUCUCUGCCUAUCUGGAGACAUAUAAUGUUACGCCAACAUCUCAUGGGAGACCAUCUCUACUCCCAACGUAUGACACACGUACCCACACUGAACCUGUCCAUCAAUACUACAGAUCAUGUAUAUUCACACUGAAUCUGUCCAUCAAAAACUAAUUACCAAGUAUACCCACACUGAACCUGCCCAUCAAUACUUAUGACCAAGUAUACUCACACUGAACCUGCCCAUCAAUACUUAUGACCAAGUAUACUCACACUGAACCUGUCCAUCAAUACUUAUGACCAAGUUUACUCACACUGAACCUGUCCAUCAAUACUUAUGACCAAGUAUACUCACACUGAACCUGCCCAUCAAUACUUAUGACCAAGUAUACUCACACUGAAGCUGUCCAUCAAUACUUAUGACCAAGUAUACUCACACUGAACCUGCCCAUCAAUACUUAUGACCAAGUAUACUCACACUGAACCUGUCCAUCAAUACUUAUGACCAAGUAUACCCACACUGAACCUGCCCAUCAAUACUUAUGACCAAGUAUACCCACACUGAACCUGCCCAUCAAUAGUUAUGACCAAGUAUACCCACACUGAACCUAGCCAUCAAUACGUAUGACCAAGUAUACUCACACUGAACCUGUCGACCAAUACCAAUGGCCACGUAUAUCCACACUGAACCUACCCAUCAAUAGUAUUAGUCCCUACCUGUCUAGAGACAAAGAAUGCAUAUGAAACAAAUCAGAUCUCCUGACACAAUAUAUUUACAAUAUACCCUUCCAUCAUUACAGCUGACUUGUCAGGAUCGACACAUAGGGACAUAUUGUAACCAUCUCCUUCAAAGAGAAUGAAGUCAUCAACAGUGGUACAAAAUAUAAUGAAAUGAAAUGCAAUGUAACACAUUACAGCCCUUAACUUUGCGAUCGUAUAAUGUGAUUUUCACCUUUAUUUGAAAGUCAUGUAUUUUAUAUAAUGCAUGGAGAAACAUUACCGCCCAUCUGUUAUAUCUCGUAUAUCACUCUCAUCAUUUUGAUUAUGUUAUGACAAAUGCAAUGAACAGUGGUUAUGAAAAAUUUAUUUAAAAUGAAUGAGUUUUAUUCAUAUGUACAUUUAAAAAGCAUGCACUAAGUAGGCGCUAUUAAGAGCAAUUUAGUUUAAGAAUAUUACCAUGACGUGAGUAAUAUUGUUACUAUCAUUUUGAAUGACUGUAUAACAUGUCUCAUCUUUAACUUUGUAACAUUCUUCAUUAGAAUAUAGAUUCAGCUUAUAUUCUAACUGUAAUGUUAGGUUUGAUAUUUAAAUGCCAAGGAUUUUGAUUUGACAGAAAUAUUUCAGCACUGCAGUGAUCCCACUGUACUUGCGUAUCUAUAAACUACGACGCUCCUUUUCACAGAGUAUUUUUACAACCAUCAAGCUUAUACAGACCAUGUACUUUUGUGGCAGUGCCAAAUCCAUAUGGUCAAAGUCAACAUUUUGCAUCCGUGAUCUUUUUGAGCACAAAAUCAUUGAAUAUAUUUAUAUUUCGAUGUUGAUUGUAUACUGUAUUUUUGUUAUUGUUUUAUUUGAUAUAUUUUUGUUGCAUUUUACUUAAUUUUUGUAAAUGUAUUCUUUGGCUUCUUGUCCAUAUAUACGAGGUGAAUCUGUCUGUGAAACACAAAUUUAGAACAAGGUGGACAUUUAAAAUGCGUCCAAUGGACAAACUAUCAAUCAAAAAGAACACUCUUGCUGUGAUAUCUUUGUACAUAUUAUGAUUAUUAAUGUAUAGUGAAUUACAUCAGUUCGGGACUGGGUGGAGAGGCUCGCUGACUUGAUUGAUUCAUGACAUCUUAUUCGAUCACUGGAUUGUCUGGUCCAGGUCCGAUUAUUUAUAGACCGUUGUCAUAUAAGUAGAAUACUGCUGAGUGCGGCCUUAAACAUUAAACAAACAAAACAUCAGUUUUGACAUGUGGCACGUACGCACGUAUGUGUACAGUCUUUCUCUUCUAUUAAUUCGAGCAUUUAAGGAACUCUCACCAGUCUUCAUCUUGAUAUUUAGUAUGCCAACAUGCUCUUCGCUUCUUAUGGCUUCUGUUCGUUAGUAUAAGCUGCUUCAACACCUUUGAGAAACUGACAAACAGGUGCAGUGCCCUGAUGUCCUGUCAUCUCCCCAAGGAGGGAGCCUGUCGUGUGGACCUUGCUCGCAAUGACUGCGUCAUCUCCCCAUGGAGGGAGCCUGUCGCGUGGACCUUGCUCCCAAUGAGUGCGUCAUCUCCCCAAGGAGGGAGCCUGUCGUGUGGACCUUGCUCGCAAUGACUGCGUCAUCUCCCCAUGGAGGGAGCCUGUCGCGUGGACCUUGCUCCCAAUGAGUGCGUCAUCUCCCCAAGGAGGGAACCUGUCACGUGGACCUUGCUCCCAAUGAGUGUGUCAUCUCCCCAUGGAGGGAGCCUGUCGCGUGGACCUUGCUCCCAAUGAGUGCGUCAUCUCCCCUAGGAGUGAGCCUGUCGCGUGGACCUUGCUCCCAAUGAGUGCGUCAUCUCCCCAAGAAGGAAGCCUGUCGCGUAGACCUUGCUCACAAUGAGUGCGUCAUCUCCCCAUGGAGGGAGCCUGUCGCGUGGACCUUGCUCCCAAUGAGUGCGUCAUCUCCCCAUGGAGGGAGCCUGUCGCGUGGACCUUGCACACAAUGAGUGCGUCAUCUCCCCAUUGAGGGAGCCAGUCGUGUGGACCUUGCUCACAAUGAGUGCGUCAUCUCCCAAUGGAGUGAGCCUGUCGCAUGGACCUUGCUCCCAAUGAGUGCGUCAUCUCCCCAUUGAGGGAGCCUGUCGCGUGAACCUUGCUCACCAUGAGUGCGUCAUCUCCCCAUGGAGUGAGCCUGUUGCAUGGACCUUGCUCGCAAUGAGUGCGUCAUUUCCGCAAGGAGGGAGGCUGUCACGUGGACCUUGCUCGCAAUGAGUUCGUCACCUCUCCAAGGAGGGAGCCUGUCGCGUGAACCUUGCUCCCAAUGAGUGCGUCAUCUCUCCAAGGAGGGAGCCUGUCGCGUGGACCUUGCUCACCAUGAGUGCGUCAUCUCCCCAAGGAGUGAGCCUGUUGCAUGGACCUUGCUCGCAAUGCUUGCGUCAUUUCCGCAAGGAGGGAGGCUGUCACGUGGACCUUGCUCGCAAUGAGUUCGUCACCUCUCCAAGGAGGGAGCCUGUCGCGUGAACCUUGCUCCCAAUGAGUGCGUCAUCUCUCCAAGGAGGGAGCCUGUCGCGUGGACCUUGCUCGCAAUGAGUACUCGAUGUUUGUUUGCUUCUAUAUCAAGCUGUAAUGUCUUUCUCACUAAAUCACGGAAAAACAUUAUUCUCGAAGCUUUUAGGACAUAUACGCUAGAGAUUUAUGCACAGUUACCUGUUUUUAAUAAUGCUCUGAAAUGUACAACACUUAAUUUGUCGUUUUGCAGUAUAAUAUCCGGUUUUAGUGUACUCAGAAUAUUGUUUUAUGUUAAUGAUAAACAUAUGCAAAUUAAUAAAAUUUUAAUUCCUAUUUUCA